CCGCGUGGCAAAAGAUGGACACUCACCAAUCGUAAACUGAAGGUUUGUUUCAGUGAUGCUUCAUAAGCCAGUAACCUAGAAAUAUCGAUAACGAUAACAAUAAUUACAUCGCAUGCGUCAGUGUCAGCGUUCACGCUGACGCUGACGAGGACGAGAACGAGUACGAUAGUAUCAGAAAUCCUAUGUUCACCUCUCCUUUCCAGAUUAUGAUAACUGCCGCCUGGAUUAUUUCAGCGAUGUACAACAUCCCCAAUAUCACUUACAUGAGAGUCGCCAACGGCGCAUGCUAUGAAAUGUGGCCCGACGAUUGGAAGAUAAAGGCUUUCUCUUUGUCUGUCACCACGCAAGUAAUUAUUGCCUUAGUUUUGAUGGUUUCGCUGUACUCCAGAGUUAUUUUUGCCCUGUGGUUUAAACGAAAUGGUACUGAUGCGGUGACAUCUCAGCAAAAAGUAAGUGCUGACGUUGUGAUAACAAAUGGUAAUUGAACUGAGUGGGGUGAAAUUUUGUCUUAAAUCAUAAGCGUCACUUCAAUGAUGGGUAAGUUCUUAAACCAGAAUUUCUCGACACGUGGUUCAACUACAACUUAAUUACAUCCAUUUUGGGGGGACAAAAGCUGCAAAAUUCAUAACAUAAUGGCCUCUGUAUUUGAUUUUCCUGUAGUUUGAUGGUUUACAGAAAAUGGUGCGAUUAGUAAAUGAAUCGCACUUCUAAGAGCCAAUCAGAUAAUAGGGAUCAAAAGCGAUUUUAAGUGGAUGUCAGACGUUUCAUAAACAUGAUUAAAAGAAUGCAAUAGAUCUCAAAUAUAUCAAGAGCUAUUAAAUUCUAAAACUUUGGUACUUUUUUAGUACUACGGUUCGAUAUCAUUACACAUGUUAAACACUUAAAAUAUGAAUGCACCUUGGCCCGACUUUAGAGGCAAGAGGUGUCAGUCACUAAACCAUAUAUUUCUCAUAUUUAAACCUCAGGGUAUGAUGAGAGUCCGGAAGCGGGUCACUUUAAUGGCUGUAGUCGUCAGCAUCAUUUUCGGAAUAAGCUGGGGCACAAUCCAGUUCCUUUAUACUUUGCAUUUAUUCUCUUCUUAUCAGAUGAAUCAUAUUAUGUAUGCAGUUUCCAACUUGAUGGUAUUAUUCAACUCUGCUAUCAACCCUUUCGUAUAUGCCCUGCUCAACCACAACUUCAGACGGAAAGUGAAGGCAAUUCUCCGAUACCCCAAAGCAAAAGUUGACGUGACGAGUCAGAUACAAACCUACCAUGUUGUCAACACAAAAAAGCCUUCAAAUAUUCGUGAUUCUUCAAACAAUUUUAGGGCAUCUGAAACUUAGUAACGAAAUGAUAAAUUGUACUUUUUUCUGACUUUACAGUCAACUUACACCUUCUCAAGAAUUCUGAAACGUAUCUUAUUAGACGUUAUGGUGUGUACUAUCGCUGAGUAUUUUUAUAAGUUGUGCCGAAUUUUGACGAGCCGAUAGGGCGAGUAAAAAUUCAAACAACGAGUAAAACUAAUUCGACGAUACUACACACUAAAACGUCUGAAAAGUCAUCCAACUGUCCAAAUAACCGUAGAAUAUCGCAGGAUAUUUGUAUUCUAUUCGCGCAUUAUUUGUACUCUACUUUUUGCCGUUGGAUAAAAAAAUAGUAUAGUGCAGUUAUUGGUUUUAUCUAUAUAUUCCACCUCCAGUGACGUAAAGGAGUUUGAACACUCCUACCAGCUUGCGCAUGAUCAGAACGAACCAAUCACCAGUUUAUGGAAAGGCUGCGUAGACAGCUAUAUGGAAUGGCGGUUCUAGGAAAACAGACAAGAAGUCGUCCCCGCCCGUGGCUUACUAAAUCAAGACUGAAGACAAUAUUUUCGGUUCCCUCACAAACUUCAAAACUAGCGACGAAAUAAACUUUCGAGUUCAAGAUUCAUUCAUUCGCAAAAGCGAAACUAAUUUAGAAACUACUGACCUCAAAAUAUGUUCUGCGGGAUUGGGAUAAUUAUGUGGCCUGGAUAAUAGCAUUUUCAAUGGGUAUAAUUAAAAAAUUAUUUUGAUCUGAAUUCAAUAACUGUUAGAAUUUCUGACGCUAAGCAGCAGAAUUUUCUGUUCAUGAAAUCGAGUAAACAUUUGGCUAAACAAUGGAAAUUUCAUGCAGAAGUUGAGUGAGGUGUAUUGAUUCUUUUUUUGUCGAGAAAAAAGCGAAGAAAUUGACUCUGCUCUGUAGUUGUUGUCCUUUUACAGCAAAUUGCCCACGAGUUAUCACAAUGGUCAGUUAUUAGUGUCGAGUUAUUCUUGGAUAGCAGAAUGAACCGUCAUGUUUUUUCAAUCUGCUUUGAGAAAAAAAAAAAAAAAAAAAGAGGAAAAGGAAAAGAAAAAGAAAUCGUGUUGAAAAGACUCAUGUUUAAUUAUAUAACUUAUAGAUGUACGCAAUACGAAAAAGAAAUUAGAAAAAUAAUGAAAUAAAACACAUUGGAUGUGGAAUUAAAAAGGUAGCAUCGACAUCUGGAUUUGAAUGAGCUACAACAGAAGAAAUCCCGCGGUUCUUUAGUCCUAAGAUGUUAUCACACUGUAUUCAUUCUAUGACGACUAUAAUGCGUUUUUUAGUCAAUCAUUUUGCUUACGAAGUUUUUUGUUUUGUCCUUCCAUUUGAAAUCAAUUAAGUGAAAAUGUUAAGCUUGAAUAAGUGACAGCACAAGAAAUCACGACUUGUUGUAAAUUUUGGAAAAUUGCUUCUUCAAACGACCUUUGAUGGUAAAGUGCAAUAAUAUUCCUGAACAAUUAUUUAAAAUCUUUCCAAAGAUAAAAAAUAAUGUCAAUGAGGAAAAAAAAAUUAUUUCACCAUUUUAGAGGGGCGCUCUCAUGUCUGGUGUCUGACGAUUUUCUCGUUUGCACAGAAAUCAAAGAUCCAAAAAUUUUCCCCUUCAACGUCAUUCGUUAUAGAUUGCUAACUUGGUCCUACAUGGGUAAAAACAGUCAUAAUAGAUUUACGGCAAAGCGUGAAUAAUGCUCCACUGACUAUUGUUGCGUUUUUCACCACUAAAAUAAAUUUGGAUUUGCCUUUUCCUAAAUUCCUUAUAUUAUCCCAUGCUUUAAAAGUUAAGUAUCGAUGUAUUCUUCCAUUAAACACUGUUUGCACAAAUCUGUGUUUCAAAUCUGCAUGAACAAAUGGUCAGGAAAGUAAUUUGUCUUGACUCGGUUUUAAACGAUGAUAGUUGUUUUCUAAAGCAACUAUCACUUAAAAGUCUUUUUGAAAACUGAUAUGGACUUUCAGGAUUAAAAGGGAUCCAAAGAAAUAAUAAUCAAUAACAUUUAGUAUCAAAGCAUGUUCUGAACAUUUUGAAGACGAUGAUUUUAAGUUUUUAGACAGCCGAACUGGGAGAUUAAAAUGGCAUCUGUCCAUAAUUAUUUUGUUUUUCCUCAAUUAGGGGCUACUUAAAAAAAUAACAAUGACAAUGAUAAAUAGAAAAUAAUGUUUCUUUUCCGGCAUGAUAAUUAGAGAGGUGUUUUGCCAUUAAAAUUUUUAAUUCUUCGACUAAAUCUAAGUUCAAUCUAACCUAAAAUCACUACAUCGACAAAACUUUUUCUUAGUAAUACAUUCUAGUACCUUUUGAGCUUGUUACAUUUACCUUUUUGCAAUCUUUUAAGAUCUUGCGUUCGUUAGUUUUUUUUUUUCCACCCCUAAAAACAUUCGGGGGGAAGGGAGUUAAAAGAAAAUAGCUCCUUUUUUGGCGUGCAACGUGGAGAAACCAAAAUUAAUUAAAGUAACUAAAGAAUAUAAAGAUAACAAUAGUUUAUCAAAAUCCAAAUCUAGCAUAAACGUUUUUGUUGAUGGCUAAAAAAAGUCUUCUUGACAUAACACAUAUUUCAAACACAAACAUGAUCAUGUUUGUUGUAGUUUUUGAACUUGGAAAAUGGAAAAGAUAAAACGCCGAACGAGUGACUUAUUUACAAAUAAAAGAGAAUGAGCUAAAUAAAGUCGUGGUUCACCUCAAGGCGGAUGUAGGGAUAUAGAUAUAAGUCGUCCCCACGCACGGCCUCCUUUCUAAAAGCGCGAGGUAGUUUUUUUUCAGUUUCCAUACCGAAAAUCUGGAAUAAACCUUUUGGAUCGAGCGGAGCAAAUUGAAAACAACUGACUUCAAAAUUUGGACAAUUCUAUGGUUACUCUAAUUUUACAACAAUAACUUUCGGGUUGCCAAAAUUGUCGGUUGAAAGCGUCGGCUUACUACACUUAGAUACUUACAUGAACCUUGAAUAACAGGCAUAUGAACCAAGAUAUAUGCCGCGAGGUGAAAAAAUAAUCACCUUGAAAAGAGUCCAUCUAAUUCUACAGCUGAGAGACCGUAGACCCACAAGAAAGUUUAAUCUGCCUCUGUUGUAGUUUCGUGUUUGUGUUCAAUUCCAAAAAAAAAAAAUAAAUGUAAGUAAUGUUGUCGAGAGGUGAGCAAAAAUGAUAUUUUAAAGAUGAGAGUGUUUAACGAUAAAGAAAACAACGAAAUCUGUAUUUGAAUGAGUCGCAGCACAAGAAAUCCCGCGGCUUUUCCAGGCAUAAAAGGUAAUCAAUUAUUCUAUGGCGAAGAUUUAGACUAUUACUCUUUGGCUAUUGACAUUUUAAUUUUUUUAAAUCAUUUUUCCUUUGAAUUUCUUCGUUUCUCUAUCUCAUUUAAAUCAAUAAAGUCCAAGGUUUAGACAAAUAAAACUGAGCCAUUUUGUUUGCUUUUUUUUAACAAAAUUGCAAUGUUUGCUUUAAAACUAAGAAUUUGAGAAGAUAUGGUUUAUAAUCGUGCAUAAUUUUCAAUUUUUCGUGAAUUGUUUGAAAGUCAUGAGUGCUCAGAUGAGACCUUGAAAUCUAAGAAAAACAUAAACAAAGAGAAAAUGGUAUCGACAUGUGGAUGUGAAUACGUCACAGCACUAAAAAUCCCACGGUUCUUUAGUGAUAUUGUGGUAUAACGUUUUUAUUCAAUGGACACUUUUUGGCAAUUGACACGUUAAAUUGUUUUUCAUAUUAUUAUUUUCUUUCGAACAUUUCGUCGUGUCAUUUUAUUGGAAAUCAAUUUACUCGAAACGUUUUGGCAGAUAAUUCCAAUCCAGUAAGAAUGCCGUACAUUAAGAUGGAAGUUUAUAACUAGUUUUUUACAAAUGAAACCUGUUGUUAGACCUUACUGUUGCUUUUCUCGGUUAAAGGCGAAAUAACACCUCAACUACGAAAGAUGAAUUAACUUUCUGCAAUGAUUUGUUCCCAUUUAGGUUACAUCAUUACUAGUUUGGAACGCAUUUCCAGAUGUCUGUUGCUUUUGCCAUAACAACGACCCUCUUCAUACUUGUCUUAGUGGAUAUCGUGGGAAAUUCUCUCGUUUGUGUCAUAAUAUGGAAAAAUAGAAAUCUCAGGUAUGUCUAAAAUCUUCACGCAGUCGAACUUCUCCUUAUGGGUGCCUCUUUAAAAUGGUCCGCUGAGAAAAACUGAGGACUGAAUCCAGAAAGUUAUUCAUUUGUGUAUCACAGUCGCGCAGAUUGUUGUUAAUUUAACUAGUUACGUGCAAAUGUAAUCGCCAUGGGCUAAAAACGUAGCUACAUGUUAAGGUAAAUUUCUAGUAAUUAGCCAAAAUAUUGGCCUGCAUUGCGUAAAGGUGUGGCUUUCUUGCGCUACUUCUUACAGUGAAGCAAUAUCAAGCGAUAGUAAGAAAUUGGGUAUAACAAUUGCAUUAAAAUGAACAGCUAAUUCUAAACUCGACUCAUAGGAAGCUGGUUUUUUUUAAAGCAUCGUAUGGCGGUGUUUUAAGGCCACUCAGUAAAAGUAAUAUUGCACUUUAGGAAAUUACUGCAAGGGUGAAAAGGUCUGAGAUCAAUCGGUUUUUUUAAAAGCAUUAACAAAAUACAUUCGUGGACAGUUCCUUUUAUUCGCAUUGGAGGUAGCAGGACAGAACUGAAUUCCUUCUCGACACCCUUGUAUUUUGGACUGGUUUUAGUCGCUAAAUUACGAAACAAUACAUAUUAUCAGUUCGCCUAAACGUCGCCGCCGCAUGGCUACCUAUCUGGAAUCACUUGCCUACAAACCUAAAAAAGUUUCUUUAUGAAAAAGUCUCUCGGAAAUUGACUCUUUUUAUGGAGUAAAAAGGUAUGUUGUCCAUCAGCUGAAAUAUUUCGUCAAAAAAUAGAUGUUUACAAGCCCUUUUCUUCCCAUUUAGUGUAUUUCGCCAUGUAAUUACAUGUAGAACUCGUUCUAAAUCAAUACUUAUGCUCUCCAGAAUUAGCUUAGUAGCCUUCACCAACUUACGGAAUUGGUAAAAAGUUAAUGUCCAAAACUGCCUUGCCCAAAGUUUUGUUCUUGAUCUCCGCUGAUCUUCUCUUUCUCUAGUGAAAUCAUCAUAAUCACUCAACAGAUAAAAGGUAUCAAUAAACAAAACUAAAACUCUUCUGUAAGCAAUGGAUUUAAAAACCGAUAAGCCACACUAAUCGAUCGUUAUGAAGCCAAAUUAAAACCGCAUGGUUUUUGUCACCACUCUACUCCCACACUCCUCUCGGGGAUAAAAAGAAUAAUUAAUAAUACUUAUUUUAGUGCAUAUUUGCUUAUCCCGCAGGACACCCAUAAAUGUCCUGAUUUUCAAUCUUGCUGUGGCAGAUGCCCUCUUUGCGACGUUUAUUUCACCCAAACUUAUUGUAGGUGCCAAUUUAAGGCACCCUGAGGGUUGGAUUAGUUCGAUUUUGUGCACAUUCAUAACUGGUGGAGGCUUUGGAUGGGUUGCAGCAGCCUGUUCCAUUUAUACUCUGGUUGCAAUCGCCGUGGAAAGAUAUUAUGCAGUAUUUGAUCCGCGUGGAAAAAGAUGGAAACUCACCAAUCGUAAACUGAAGGUUUGUCUCCCUAGCAAAGUUUCUACUAGAAAAAUCAUGAUAACGAUAACAUAAAGUGAUAGCGUAAGCGAAAAGGUUGGCAAUAACGACGACAACAACAACAACGAUAACUAUAACGAUGAAAAUGGCAAUAACCAUGACGAUGACGAUAAGAAGGAUGUAGACGAGGACAAUGUAGGUAACGACGACGAUGACAAUGACGAUGGCGAUGGUGAUGGCGAUGGUGAUGGCGAUAGCGAUGGCGAUGGCGAUGACGAUAACGAUAGUAAUAAACCAAUCAAUGUGUAGACUCCCUAAGUUAACUUCUCCUUUCCAGGUUAUAAUAACCAUCGCCUGGCUUAUUGGGGUGACAAGCAACAUUCCAACUUUCAUUCACCUGAAGGUCACCAACGGCUUAUGCUAUGAAACGUGGCCCGACGAUUGGAAGAUCAGGACUUAUAAUAUAUUUCUUACAACACAAGUAUGUGUUGCCUUGUCAGUGAUGGUCACGCUGUACUCGAGGGUCGUUUUUGCCCUGUGGUUUAAACGAAAUGGUACUAAUGCGGUGACACCUCAGCAAAAAGUAAGUGCUGACAAAUUAGUUUGUAAAAAAGUGAGACGGGUUUUACCAUUGCCAAUUGUAUGUUCACAUAUACGCAUUUUCACCUUUCGUACAGGCUAUUUGGUAUAUUCUGGUUAUAUGUUGCUCGUAAUAUAUUAAAAAUGGAAACGUAGAAUUCACCAUCGAUAAGAAUAUUUUAACAUCACGAGCAUGUUUUUUAGCUACAAACAAAAACAUAAAAGAGAAAGAAAACGCUCAUUUGACAAGCUAAGAAGAAAAAAAUAGAGAAAGAAAAAAAAAAGAAAUCACGUAGAAAACUCACAGGCACCACUCACAGAAUAUGAAUAAAUGCUGUAUGGAAUAAUGGAUCGUGUAUUGUGAAUUUGCCACCGUAGAGAGAUUGUUUAAGUGAUUUUCGAGCGUCGUUCGCUUCGUCAUUUGCUCUGACGCGUUAUCUUGUAUGAGCAAAAACUGAAGCACGGUUAUUGAUUUCUAGGUUUCUGAUUGGCUCUUCGGAGCCAAUUAUUCUACUCAGGCUUGCCAAAAAGCAUUUCACUUCUAGGUCAUUUUACCAAAUAACGUCACGAGAACCCCCAAAACAUGUCACCAUUUAGGGCAGAAAGUGGUGCUAUUCGUGAAUAAAUCAGAAUGCCGAGAGCCAAUCAGUUUGCAAAGAUUACCAGUGACUUUAGACGGAUAUAAUAAAUGAGGUGUAAAGGUGACUGAAUUAACGAAUGCAACCGAUCCAAAGCACAUCAUAAGCUUAAUUCGAAAACUUUGGCACUUUUAGAACAAGGGUUUAUCAUCAAUAAUCAAUGAACGCGCAUUGUUAAAGCCUUUCCCGGCUUUAGAAGCAAUGACUGCCCAUAACUGAACCAUGUGUUUUUAUCUCUCUCAUCUCAUAUUCAAACUCUAGGGUAUAAUGGGGGUUCGCAAGCGAGUGACCAUAAUGGCUGUGGUUGUCAGCAUCAUUUUUGGAAUUUGUCAUGGCUCCAUCCAGUUCUUUUACACCUUGCACUUAUUCACUUCUUAUCAGAUGAGUUACGCAGUGUAUGCUUUUUCCAACCUGAUGAUAUUGUUCAAUUCUGCAGUCAACCCUUUCGUCUAUGCCUUACUCAACCACAAUUUCAGAGAGAAAGUGAAAGCAAUUCUCCGCUGCUCCAAGGUAAAGGUUGAUGUGACGAGACGUACGAGGAACGAUGUCAACACAAGCGAGUAG